UCCAACCACCCCUUGCUCGGGAAAUGCGCGAGCAAAGAGAGGAAGAAAGAAAGAAAAACGCGAGAAACGUCUAGAGAUACAUUACGAAAACAAGACCGGGUGCGUGAGUGGAUGUGCGUGUGUGUGUUUGUGGUGAGAAAUUUCACAACAAAGUAAGAAAAGGCCGACAAAAGGUGUGCCAGCGGGAGUAGGAAAGAGGAAAGGGAGAAAAAAAAGGAAAUAGGAUAUCGUACCGGAAGGGUCCGGGCAAAACAUGAGUAUCCUUUAACUACGACCACAUCGGCACCAGAGCAGACCAGACACGAACGAAGCAUCCGGGCGGGCAAGGAAAGAACGACAUCCCGCACGCGUGUCUGCCCCAAGCAAAGGCCCCCGCGAUGGCCGUUUCCUUUUGUGGCAAGCGGCUGCUGCUAACGAGGACGAACCUGUUUGCGAACCCGCGACGUCACGGGUACAUAGUGCUAGUGCCCGAGAUCGGGGAGGAUCUGCCGGAGAAAAACCCACUCUCCAGCUCGACCGGCCUGCCCGAGUUUAACAAUGUGACGAUCGAGAAGUGUGUCGGCGCGAUCGGGCAGCAGGCGAUCGCGGCGGAGAAGAGUGUGCGGGCGAUCGAGGAGCGGCUGGAGCAGGCGGCGGCCGGCACCGGCCCACCCGUGACGGACGUCAUCAAGGACAUUAUACUGCCGCUGGAGGCGACGGGCGCCCCGCUCGAGACGACCUGGGGCAUCGCGAAGACGCUCUACCUCGGCAACAGUUCGCGCAUGCCGACGAAAAGCUACCUGACGAUCCACGAGCGGGCCCGCGGUGCCCGGCGGGCCAAGUUCAACAGCGUGCCGAUCUACCGGACGCUCAAGGGGGCGCUCGCGGCGGGCCGCGCCAAGCCGGACGGCGAGCUGGGCGGCGAGGAGCGGCGGCUGCUGCAGAAGUACGUGCUGGAGGCGAAGCUGAGCGGGAUCGAGGUGGACGGGUCGUCCAAGCUCGAGCUGAACGAGAUACUGGAGCGGCUGGCGCAGGAGCGCUCGCGGUUCGCCGGCAAGCGGGACGUGGCGGUGAAGAAGUACCAGCAGGUGAUCGAGGACCCGGCGCUGAUGAAGGAGUUCCCGCCGAACCUGCUGCAGUCGCUCGCGACCGACCCGAGCCAGGCGAUGAAGGGCCCGUGGCGGAUCACGCUGCAGCCGGCGGUCGCGGAACGCUUCCUGGAGUACUGCGGCGACCGGACGCACCGCUGGAACCUGUGGCAGGCGGACACGCGCAAGUGCUCGAUCCACACGGACAAGUCGCUGGAGAACAGCUCGCACCUCGAGUCGAUCCGGGCGCUGCGCAAGCGGCAGGCCAAGCUGCUCGGCUACGAGUCGUACGUGCACAUGUCGAUGGAGACGAAGAUGGCCGGGUCGGUCGAGGCGGUGCGCAACGCGCUGGACGAGCUGCACCGGUACGCGAAACCGGCCGCCGACGGGGAGCUGUCCACGCUGGAGCGGUUCGCGGGCGAGCAGGGCUUCCGCGGUCCGCUCGACAUCUACGACGUGCCGUACUGGAAGCGGCGCCACCUCGCCACGGUGCACCAGUUCGAUCAGGAGGCGCUGAAGGACUACUUUCCGCUGCCGCGCGUCCUCGCCGGGCUGUUCCAGCUGGCCGAGCAGCUGUUCGGCGUGCGCAUCGUCGAGCGGGUCGGCGUGGACGUGUGGCACGAGGACGUGCGGUUCUACGACGUGCUGGAGACGGGGCCGAACGCACCGGCCGACCCGAUCGGUGGCUUCUACACGGAUUUCUACUCGCGCGAGGACGAAAAGCUCGCCGUCGCCGACAAUGCCGGCUGGAUGGUGGGCAUCGGCAGCCGCAGUGCGGCGGCCCCCGGCGCCCGGCCGCUGGCCGCACUGAUCUGCAACUUCCCGGCGCCGCUGUACGGCAAGCCGUCGCUGCUGACGCUGGACGACGUGCAGACGCUGUUCAACCGGUUCGGCAAGGCGCUGCAGCAUCUGCUGACCGUCUGCCGGUACAGCGACGUUUUUUUGAAACCCCCCGCACCGCGCCACCUUCUUAGCACCAAAAUGGCCGCAUGGAGAGCUGCUGGAUUGAACUACAUUAACUACUCCAACAUUGCCGCCCGGCUGCUCCGGAAGGCGCUGAAGCCGGAACUGCGGGCUCAGGCGGUCCGGCGCGAUGACUCGCACAUCAAGUUCACCAAGUGGCAGAACGGCAAGCCGGAAAAUGAGAAAUGAUAAGUUUUCUGCUUCCGUUUGUUUACCCGAUGAACGCGGUCAGGCUAUCACCGAGUAAAGUGUAGAGUCGUUUGGUCGGCAUGUUCGAUGCGGAGGGCGAGAGAGAUAUAAAGAGAGAGAGAACAUCUUUUAAAAUGCUGCUAGUGAACGAAAUAAAUCAUGUGAAGUCAUCAGAUCGCUGAUUCAAAAAAACCCA